GUGCCUUUCGCGGUCACGUGACGCCUGAUGCAGGUGUUUGAUGAUUUUAUCCGCAUGUAGCGGGACACAGUGACCCUGAAGUGAGUCGGCGUGACUGUAUUCCUCUUGUUGUUGAGUGUCGGGGUGGUCUUCGGGCUGAUGGGGGCCGCGGACAGCAGGGGCAGGUCGGUGUCGUUCGGACUGGAUGCACAGGACAAUGUCAGGGUCGCAGCUCAGUUGUCCGGUGAUGUUCUUCAGCGGAUGCGGGAGUCUGGACCAUCAUCAUCCUCAUCAUCUAAACCAGAGAGUGCCAAACCUGAAGCAGGGCCAUCUGCAGCAGAGACGCAGGAGGAGCUCAGAAGACGGUUCGAGCGUGAGCAGGCUCUGGUUCAGGAAGAGUUGGCCCGGAUCAGCCGUAGAGAGAGAGAGAUGGCGGGAGACUACAUGAACCCAGCGGCGCUGAGAGAGAAAGCAAAGACACGCCAAGAACCAGACAAAACACACAACCUGGUGAGAGAUCUGAUUGCUAUCCACAGCACUGAUCAACUUGCUGUUGAACCACGGAUGAAGAUGACGGUUGGUGCUGAAGAAGAGGAGCAUGGAGCCCAGGACGAGGAAUUGAGGUGGAUGUUGAAGUGGAUGACCGUUGUGUGCGAAGGCAAAGAACCGUUCAAUCAAUAA